AUGAUAGUUGACUCCCGCCCUGCUAGUUUCGGCAGCUCGGAUGAGUCCUCCGUCGCUUCGUGGGAAGAAGGAGAUGAUGGCUUAGUGUUCGAGGACCGACACCGGUUGGGGGCGGGCGCUAGAACUGUCAACUCUAUCGACGACACCCUGCUGCUGCAGCUCGAACAACGCUCCUCAUCUAUCCGACAGCAACAACAGCAGUUCUGCAAUGAACGGAGCGAUACGAACCCGCUGGAAGAGUUCGAUCAUCCGGCUCUCCAAGGCGCUGUUGCAGCGCUGCACGGCUACGCUGCUAGCGAUGGGGACACCUCGUUCCUCGAGAAGGCUUAUGAGCUUGCUAGGACCGUGGCGGGGUCCAAGCACACCCUUGGCGUGUCUUUCGACGCCUGCCGGGUGGUUUUGGCAGUAGGGUACGUGCACAUCCUCAUCAAGGGUGCGCCCGACAUGGCCAACAAUUUCGCCCACCAGCACAGCCUGCCCAAGCUGGCGCAAUCUCUCAAGCCCUACUGGUCACGCUCUCCAUCCCCCACUCCCGACGAAGAGGCCGAGUGGGAGGAGUGUGUGUCCUCGCUCCUCGAGGUUACCUCAAGCAUUGCCCUGAUGACCGAUGAGGGGGAUAUCUGGACCGUUCUCGACAGAGAUCCUUUCGGCGAGGUGGCAGAGGCAAUGGGUUUGUACCUUGCCCGGAGACCGAACGUUCUUCAGCAUUACCAGGACGUCGGGAGCGCAUGCUUGCGUAACAAUUUUCUCUCCACCGAAUCGUGUGACCGAAGCUUGACGGACUCGGAGUGAUUUCCCGCGCUCAACACCGGUGCGCAAAAGGACGAUCGAGCUCCCAACACCAUGACUAGGACCUCCUCCGUCAUUUUCAAGCUGUCAACAAGCAAGAGAGUGGGGGCGUGGCCUCGCAUUGCGGACACGACCGUGCUUGAGAGUUCCGAAACCGGGUGUUACCCCGUUUCCAUGCAUCCAGUCCUGUGUUGCGGUGCACGGGCUUGUUGUCAUUAAGUGUGGCAUGGCUUGUGUUUCAGCGUGAAAUUGCGUGCGAUCUGGCCUCAAUUUUGGUUUUCGUUGAUGUGUAUAGUUUUGUUGCGAGACGUUUAUCUGUCCGGGCGUUUUCGCACUUGUCUUUCUCAAGGAUAAUGGAGCGAGGAGGAAAUAGCCGAGGCGGAAGCCCCCACCCCCCUCCCUCCCCCACCCGAAUCCUGGUGUAUAUUCCUCUUGUACAUGAGAUGCCAUUGAUGCUGUUGCACUGUUUCUACAAUAGAGAGGAAAGGUGACGCAGCGCAAUUAGGUUUUAGGUGGUGCCAGGUGAGCUUUCUACCUGUCCACGCCUUUUCAUGCUGAACCCUCCUUCUAUUCUUAUUUUCUGUUUGUGAGGCGGGUGUAUCGAGUGAAAAAUUGUUGUUGGGAAACGUUUGCCCUAGUUUUCCAGACAGAUGGGUUAGUCUAUGUGGCUGUUUGAUACAACUACUGUAUGGCGUCAACUUUACUGAGGCGGACGUGGCAACAGGGUUUUGAAGAACCCUUGAAUUUACCCGCCGUCGUUGUGCGUACCUCAAAGCGCAUUGCGGCGAGAUUGUAUGAGAUUAUUGAGUCUUCACACAUGCAUGCAGUGAUCGUGU